GUCCGCGAUUUGAAGAGUGAGGUUGAAAUUAAAGAAAAUGUUCCUUUACGUUUUCGCAAUUUUAGUGGUUUUUUUAUCACAUUUUAUUUGGAAGAACCGAUACUUAUUUAAUACAGAUUUUUCAAAAAACUUUGAAGAAGAUGCGUCUAUUCCGUUAAUGAAAAAUGGAAUUCCUUUUGCAAUGAUGAAUGCAGAGGAACUUUUUCUUGAACCAAGAAAAUUUGCAGCAAAAUUCAAAAGAUCUGCACGUGCACGAUUAUUUUUUAUGAACUCUUAUUGUAUCAUAAGAGCUAAAGAUGCUGAAAAAAUUCUCAGUGCAUCCUCAAAACAUUUAACGAAAGGUUUUGUCUACAACUUCUUGCAUCCGUUCAUAAAAACUGGAUUACUAACAAGUGAUGGUGAAAAGUGGCACCAGAGACGAAGAAUGUUAACUCCUGCAUUUCAUUUUAAUAUUUUGAAGGAAUUCGCUGAAAUUUUUAAAGAGGAAGCUGAUCAACUUGUUUUUGAUUUAAAGAGAACUGUUGGAAAAGUUGUUGAUAUGAUCCCAAUAUCCACACAAUUUACUCUCAAUACAGUAUGCGAGUCAGCAAUGGGAGUAAACUUAACACAACUUGGAAACAAUGGUUUGGAAUAUCGAAAUAAUAUUUAUAGCAUUGGAAAGGCUUUAGUUUAUAGAUCAGUCAGACCAUGGCUUCACAUUGAUUUUCUUUACUCACUUUUGGGAUAUAAAAAACAAAUUGAUGAAAUAUUGGUUCCUGUUCAUAAAUUUACACAAACUAUUAUUGAUAAGAGAAGGAAGGAGUUCAUUACGAAGAAAACAGAAAAUGUACAAGAAGAACAAGUUGAUGACAAUGAGAACAUCUAUAUGGGUACAAAGAAAAAACGGACUGCUAUGAUGGAUACCUUAUUACAAGCACAAUCUGAAGGAUUAAUAGACGAUGAAGGAAUUAUAGAAGAAACAGAUACUUUUACUUUUGAAGGACAUGAUACUACUUCAGCUGGAAUGACAUUUACUUUGUUAUUGCUUGCUCAUAAUCCAGAAGUACAGGAAAAAAUAUUUCAAGAAAUUCAAGAAGUGACCGAUGGAAGGGAUGAUCUUACAACAGAUGAUUUGAAUAAGAUGAACUACAUGGAGAGAGCGCUAAAAGAAUCUCUGAGAAUUUAUCCACCAGUUCCAUACAUAUCUAGAAGCUUGUCUGAAGACGUGUUGCAUGAUGGAUUUUUAUUCAAAAAGGGCACAUUGAUGGAAAUUUUUAUCUAUGACAUUCAUCGUGAUCCUGAAGUUUUUCCAGAUCCUGAAAAAUUUGAUCCGGAUCGUUUUUUGUCAGAAAAUUCUGUAGGAAGGAGCAACUUUGCUUUCAUUGCUUUUUCAGCGGGAAUGCGUAACUGUAUUGGUCAACGAUUUGCCAUGCUUGAACUGAAAAUCAUGCUGACUAAAGUAAUCAAAAAUUUCAAAAUAUUACCGGUUACAAAACGAGAAGAAUUAAGAUUUAUCGCAGAUGUUGUACUUCGCACAAAUCAUCCAGUUAAAAUGAGAUUUGAACCACGUUAAAAAUAAUCAUUUAUUUUUGAAAGCUAAAAGGUGACUGCAAGACUAUCCAAAAAUCACAUUUAUUUGAAACUUCUCAUUUGGUCGUGAACCUGCUCAAGGAAGAAAUGAAGAUUGUAAGUUUAGUGAUUUUCACUUUCUACAUAGUUUACUGCUCAGGAAGAGGAAUCGGUAGAAUAAUUGGUGGAAAUGAAAUAUCGAUCGAACAAGCACCUUAUCAGGUAGCAAUGUUUUAUCUUGGAAACUUGCGAUGUGGUGGAAGCAUUAUUUCAUGCCAAUUCAUUUUAUCUGCUGGUCAUUGUAUGUUUCAAGGAAAUGGUGAUUUGGUUGUAGCUGAAUAUCUCACAGUACGUGUGGGUUCUACUAAUUAUUCAAAUGGAGGUAGUGAACAUGAAGUCAGUCGCUUUGAUGUUCAUCCGCUUUACGAUGAUUAUCUUCUCGAUUAUGAUGCAGUCAUUUUAACUUUGAAAAAUAACAUCAAAUUCGAUUCAUUUCGAAAGCCAAUUAAGCUUCCAUACUUAAAUGAACCGUUUAUUGCUGGAAGUUUUGUUACCACAAGUGGAUGGGGGCUGACUGAAAAUGGCGGUUCUACCAAUCUCAUUUUAUUAAUGAUUGAACUGAAAAUUUUUGAUCAAGUUGAAUGCUUCAAUAAACAUGCUUCAGGUGGUGGAACAACAACAAGAAUGAUUUGUGCAGCUGCUGAGUUCAAAGAUACUUGUAAUGGAGAUAGUGGAGGUCCUUUAGUUGAUGUGGAACGAAAAAAGCUUGUCGGGAUUGUUUCGUUCGGAGAUAUUAGCGGAAAAUGCGCCGUUGAAGGGAUUCCUGGGGUUUAUACUCGUGUGGCAUCAAUCAGACAGUGGAUAAAAAAAAUAAUCAAAUUUUAAGCAUUAAAUGAGACUUGAAAAUAUUUUAAUUAGUUUCUUAAAACACACUCAGAAAUUUCUAUUUGCCUAGUAAUAAUUUUUUCAAGCUUCAAUAAAUGUUUUAAUUAUACCAAUAAAGAAAUCAUUGACACUCACGCAAAUUUAGUUCU